AUGCAACACAAUAAGCAUAUCGUCCUAGUCACAGGCUGCACCGACGGUUCGGCAGGAGCCGCUCUGGCUCGGCACUUUCAUAUCCGUGGCUGUCGCGUAUUCGCAGCGGCGCGAAGCCUCGACAAGAUGCAGAGCCUGGCAGAUCUCGGCAUGGACACGCUCGCCAUGGACGUCUUGCAGCCGGCCCAGAUUACCGCCGCUGUGGACGCUGUUCGCUCGGCCACGGGUGGUAGACUGGAUAUCCUUGUGAAUAAUGCCGCCGUGUUUAACCUCAUGCCUCUGGCCGAUCAAGACUUGGAUGAUGCUAGGGCUAUGUUCAACGUCAACGUCUUUGGCAUGCUGGCCGUAACUCAGGCAUUUCUGCCUCUGCUGACAGCUACCGCGGCAGUCGGAGGACGACCCCUCGUUGCCAAUGUUGGCAGCAUCUCGGCGCAGGCCGAGCCCGUGUUCCAGGGCAUAUACGCAGCCAGCAAGGCGGCCGUCGCGGCCAUGAGCGGAGUCAUGCGCAAGGAGCUUGCGCCGCUGGGCAUCCGGGUCGUCACCAUUGUAUCGGGGGCAGUAGCCACCAACUUUAAGCAAGGGAAUAAGCCGUGGCGGGUUCCAGAGGGUAGCCUGUACUCGGCGCUGGCUGGCGACAUUGAGAGCAAACAGUCGGCGGGGUCUAGCUACGCCAUGGAGCCUGAUGAUUAUGCAAAGAAGGUUGUUGGGGACUUGCUUGGGGUGAAUCCUGGGCCGGCCAUCUUUCGUGGCAGAUUUUCAUCAGCAGUAUGGCUCUUGAGUUGGUUUGGGCGGUAUGGCAUGCUGGAUUCCAUGGAAAUCAGGGAUGCUGGACUAAACAUAGUGAAAUAUCCCGAGAUUUAA